AUGACUGAAGCGCUUAGUACGUCGAGGUCUUCGUCGACUGUCCAAUCAACGGAAGAAAUUGUGGUCAAAUCAACUAGUAUAGAAAAACAAGAGGAUCACUUACUGCUUGAAGAAAUCGCUGCCGCCAAAAAUGUCAAAGUAGAAGAGGAGUCAACCGAUAAAACCAAGAAGGACAAAAAGGAAAAGAAAGAGAAGCAACCUGCAGUGCCGAUCUACAAACUGUUCCGUUUCGCCACAAAGCUCGAGGCAUUAAUGAUCUUAACCGCAUGCGUCUUUUCAGCAGGUAUUGGUGCAAUGCAACCUGUAUCUAUUAUUAUCUUUGGUAAAUUCAUGUCAACAAUUGGUAACAGCAUGGCAACUGGAGAUUUUGCACAUUUGGUCGAAGUCAGUCAUCCUCUCGUCUUGAUUUUUGUUUACAUGGGAACAGCUGUUCUUGCCUGUGCUUAUAUUGCCCAAUGCUUCUGGGUUUUAACUGGUGAAAAUCAAGUCCGACGAAUCCGAAACAUGUAUGUCCAUGCUAUUCUUCGCCAAGAUAUGUCGUGGUUUGACAAGGCCGAAGAAGGAUCUCUCACUACCCGUCUUGCUACUGAUACUCAAUUAAUUCAAGAUGGUAUCUCUGAAAAGUUUGGUAUCCUUAUCAUGUGUAUCGGUCAAUUCGUCGCUGGUUUCGUCACUGCCUUCGUCAAGGGUUGGCGCCUGGCUGUCGUCAUCUUGGCCACUCUCCCUCUUAUGGCAGGUUGUGGUGGUGCAAUGGGUCACUUCAUCACCAAGUAUACUCUCAAGGCUCAAGAUUCCUAUGCUGAUGCUGGCGCUGUUGCUGAACAGGUCUUUUCUGGCAUCCGUACUGUCUACUCUUUCUCCUUGCAAAAUCGCUUUGCCGAGCUUUACGCCAAGAAACUUGAAAAAGCAAUGAAAACUGGUAUCCAACGUGGUCAAAUCUUGGGUUUUGGUUUUGGAUCCUUUAUGUUUAUUCUGUUUUGUACCUACGGUCUUUCCUUCUGGUAUGGUUCCAAGUUAACGCGUGACCACAUGAUGGAGGGCUCCGAUGUCCUGGUCGUCUUCUUUGCAAUGAUUAUGGGCGCUAUGGCUUUACUUCAAUUACCUCAAAACUUGUCUGCUGUCUCUAGCGCAUGUGGUGCCGCUUACAAGAUUUACGCUACUAUCGAUCGUGUUCCAACCAUUGAUCCCGAUAACACUGAAGGUUUGAAGCCCGAAAAGUUCACUGCUGAAAUUGAAUUUAAGGAUGUCAUGUUCAAGUACCCUACUCGUCCUGAUAUCACCAUCUUGAAAAAGCUCAACCUCAAGAUUCGCCCCGGUAUGACCGUUGCCUUCGUUGGUCCCUCUGGUUCAGGCAAAUCAACCAGUGUCCAAUUGAUCCAGCGUUUCUACGACCCAAAUGAAGGACAAGUUCUCCUUGACGGACAUGAUCUUAAAGAAUACAAUGUUUCUUGGCUUCGUAGUCAAAUCGGUGUUGUCAGUCAAGAGCCUGUACUCUUCAACAUGACAAUCAAGCAAAACUUACUUAUGGGUGUUAGUCAUCAAGCAACUUCUGAAGAAAUCAUUGAAGCUUGCAAAAAGGCCAACUGUCACAGCUUUAUUUCUCAACUUCCUGAUGGUUAUGAAACCAUGGUCGGUGAACAUGGUGGUAUGCUUUCUGGUGGUCAAAAGCAACGUAUUGCCAUUGCUCGUGCUAUUCUCAAAAACCCCUCUAUUCUCUUACUUGAUGAGGCUACUUCUGCUUUAGAUACUCAAUCCGAACGUCUUGUUCAAGCUGCCUUGGAUGCUGCUUCUGCUGAUCGUACAACCAUCGUCAUUGCUCAUCGCCUUUCCACUAUCCGUAAUGCUGAUCUGAUUGUUGUCAUGCAACAAGGUGAUUUGAUUGAACAAGGCACUCAUAAUGAACUACUUGCUCUCGAUGGUGUUUAUGCUGAUUUGGUCAGAAAGCAAGAAAUUGCUACAAAGAAAGUCGGUGCUGAUGUUGAAGAACCUGAUGCUGAAGAAUUGCUUCAACGUGAACAAAUGGAAAUUGCCAGAGAAUUGAACAAUGAUGAAAAGCUCGACGAAAAGGAUACUACUAGUCAACUGGUCAAGAUCACAAGUCAUGCUUCCUCUGUUGAUGCCUUUGAAAUUAAGCUCCGUAAAGCCAAGGCCGAACGCAAAGCUGCCAAGAAACAAAGUAUUCCCAUGGGCAAAGUUUUGAAGCAGAUGCGUCCCGAAUGGCCACUCUUGGCAACUGGUGUCGUAGGUGCUGCUAUUGCUGGUGCUGUCUUCCCUCUAUUUGCUCUUAUUUUUGCUAGAGUCAUCGCCAUGUUGAUCGAUCCCUUCUCUGCUCCUCCUGGUCCUAUGAGUGGUACCAAUCUUUACGCAUUCUUGUUUAUUGUCCUUGGUAUCGGUGCAUUUAUUGGUUUCUCUUGUCAAGUCAUUUCCUUUGAAAUUGCUGGUGAACGCUAUACCAAACGUUUACGUGCUGAUAUCUUCCGUGCAUUCAUGAAGCAAGAAAUAGGUUUCUAUGAUCAGGAGGACAAUUCCCUUGGCGCUCUUACAUCCAAAUUGGCCAUUGAUUCUAAAAACGUAAACGAACUUGUUACCAAGACUUGGGGUGAUGUCACUCAAAUUAUUGUCACUGCUAUCACAGGCCUUGCUAUCGCCUUCUCUCAAACUUGGGCUUUAACUCUUGUCAUUCUUUGUAUGGCUCCUUUCGUCGGUGGUGCUACUUAUUAUGAAUCUACCAUUCAUCGUGGUUUCGAAGACAAGACCAAGAAAGCGAAUGAACAGAGUGGUGAAGUUGCCGGUGAAGCCAUUAAAGAAAUCCGUACUGUAUCCGCUCUUAACAAGCAAACUUAUUUCGAAAAGAAGUAUCAUCGUGCUACUGACCACCCUCAUUCUCUCGCUCAAAAAAAGGCUUACACAUCAGCCGUUGGUUAUGCACUUCAACAAGGCAUUAUUCUUUACACCAACGCAGUUGCCUUUUAUGCUGGUACCAACUUCAUUGCCAUGGGAAUGAUUGAUUUCCAAAGAAUGUUUACUUGUAUGAUGGCUAUUAUGAUCACUGCUCAAGGUGUCGGUCGUGGCUCUGUCUUCACAUCUACUCUGUCCAAGGCCAAGUUCUCUGCUAUUGCCGCCUUUGAAAUUCUUGAACGUGAACCCGAAAUUGAUCCUGAAUUGGAAGGCAUUGAGCCUAGCCACAGCCAAAUCAAGGGAGACAUUGACUUUGAAAACAUCACUUUCCGUUAUCCUGCUCGUCCUGAUACUGCUAUCUUUAAUGGUCAAUUCAACCUUCAUGGUAAAGCUGGUCAUACAAUUGCCUUGGUGGGCCCUUCUGGUUGUGGCAAGUCAACGACGAUCGGUAUGCUUCAACGUUGGUAUGAUCCUGCUUCUGGUACCGUUCGUUUGGAUGACAACAAUGUCAAGAACUACUCCUUGUACAAUCUCCGUAGCCAUAUGGCCCUUGUCGGUCAAGAACCCGUCUUGUUUGAUAUGACCAUUGGCGAGAAUAUUCGUUUUGGUGUUGAUGAAGGCACACAAGUGACUCAGGAACAAGUCGAAAACGCCUGUCGAGCUGCCAACAUUCAUAAAUUCAUCAGCAGUCUUCCCAAGGGCUAUGAUACACGUGUGGGCGAUAAGGGUUCUCAACUCUCUGGUGGUCAGAAACAACGUAUUGCUAUCGCUCGCGCCUUGAUUCGUAGACCCAAGGUCCUUCUCUUGGAUGAAGCUACCUCUGCUCUUGAUUCUGAAAGUGAAAAGUUGGUACAAGCUGCUAUUGACAAUAUUCUUGAAGAAGGUGGUCGUACGACUAUCACUAUCGCCCAUCGUCUAUCUACGAUUCAAAAUGCUGAUCUUAUUUGUGUUGUCAAGGAUGGUCGUGUGAUCGAACAAGGCACUCAUUGGGAUCUUCUCAAGUUGAAUGGUGUUUAUACUGAAUUGGUUCAUCAACAAUCUCUUAACGCUCACUAG